UAGAAAACUGCACAAAGAGGGAGGGGUGAAACUGUGCCAGUAUAUUCCGUGAAAAUAUCAGCUUCAUAUCGGUAUCUUCGCCAUAAUUAGUUUGAACAUCCAAGAUGGCAUCAGCCCAGCUAGAUGAACCGAUCAAUGGGGAGCACUCAACGCCAUCAAAGAGCAAGGGCUCCCUUGAAUGUCCAGAAUGUGGGAAAAGAUUUUCUCGUACAAAUACCCUAGACAAGCAUAUUCUAAGUCAUAGCACUAAGAAACCACAUGUUUGCGUAGAUUGCGGAAAGGAGUUCCAGCGCUCUGAUCAUUUAUCUAAACAUAUGGCUGUUCACUCAACAAUAAAACCGUUUCCUUGUGAUUUCUGUGAGAAGGCAUUUGCAAGGAAGGACCACAUGCAACGUCAUAUGAGACUGCACUCGGACUCCAGACCAUUUGAAUGCAGUAUCUGUAAUGAAGUAUUUAGUCGAAAAGACCACUUGAAUAAUCACACUAAAAGAGUGCAUACUUCUGACUCUCCAUCAAGGACAUUUGUAUGUCAUGCAUGUGAUGCUGCAUUUAAGCGAAAAGACCAGUUGCAAAGGCAUGAAAAGAAAUGUAAAAUGAUCACAGAUGAUUUUGAAGCUGCUGAUCGAGAGAAAGGACCAGUGGAUCUCGACAGUCCACAGAUGGUAAAAAAGAAGUUGAAGUUUGACUGCCCUGAUCCAGAUGUUAUAAGUAAACAUAUUGACGAGGCUAUUGACAGCGUUGUUGAAGCUGCACGCGAGGAAGUAAAAAUUGAAGAAAAGACUGCUGCUGUAAUAACAAAAACGAAGAAACAUUUAAUGGACAAAUACAUGGCAAGUGAGUCGUAUAAAGUUGCUCAAUCUUUAGCCCAGUCCCCCCCGGUGUUCCCAACUGCUGGUCAACUCACUGGUGAAGUAUCACCACUUCGUUGUAUCAAAUCUGAAAGCCCUGAAUCUGCUGAGAACUCAAAACCAGUGGAGGCACCACCUGUACCUGCAUCUGCACCCCUCCCAAGAUCUAUUUUACCCCAGAAGAAACGUCUAUCAAGCGAUAUGAAUGAUGCCGCUUUGCUUGCUGCUAUGGGUUGUAACCCUCUAGAAGAUAACGGCUCACAGGUUGAGGCACAUCUGGCAUACAUCAAAGCUAGUGCUAAAUUAAGAGAAAACCAACAUCGCUUGAGUAAUAACUCAUCCCCUGCUGAAAAUGGCUCUCCUAUACCCCUGAAUGAUUCAGUAGUACAGAGUGCUGCUGGUGCGAUCCAGAGGUACCCCCAGAGUGGAAUUAACGUCCCGGUGCCCCUUCAAUCCCCUCUAUCCAGUCAUAUGAGUCAGGCGUAUAAUCUGCUGGCUGGCACAUCAACAAGUGUACCACUUUCCUUGAGUAACAUCACUCAGGGGUACAGCACAGUCUCUCCACCAAUCCCACCAACUGUGGCCACAGCAGCUAAUCAGCUAUCUUCAUACUGCAAUACUAAUGGAGGUGUAAACUCCCGUGACGCCUCAAAUGGCGCACCAAUUAGGCCACAGGUUACUGUUAUGACAGAACGUAUGCGUUCUGACCUAAGAACGGAGAGAGUUGGCCUUCCCCUUCACCUUGCCCAAGCUAAUUCACCCAGUAUAUCUGAUUCAAUACCAUCUACCACAAAAGCACCAUCUGCUGCUGGCAACAUACACCAAGGCUACACCCCCCACUCCUAUAUGUGGAAACAACAGUUUUAACCUGUUUCUGUAGAAAAUUACUUGCUCGAAAUUGAUUACAGAAACAAUAAGUACAUCAGUGUUUAACAAAUUUUUAAAUUACUGUAACCCUGGUUAUAUUUGUGUUUGUGUGGAAAAAAAAGAAAAAUAGUAUACUAAAUACGAAAAACUUUUUGAUGAACUUGCAAAUUAGAAAAUGGUGCUGCUAAGGUCGUUGAAGAAUCAGUAUAUUUAUAUUAUAGGCUAUUAUUGAGCAUUGGACAUUAUAAUGAUCUGAGCUUGAUGAUAAAUAUGUAGCAUUCAAAAUUCCAUUUUUUGGUUUGAAAUAUUUAUUAACAGUUUGAACUAUUUUCCAUAAGAAAUACAUUGUUAACUGCAAAAGGGUUUUCAAGAGGCAAUAGCCAUUUUUCAACAAAUAACUGUAUUUAACUACAUGUAUCACCAAAAAUUAUACGGGUUUUGAGCUCCCAAAAUUUUCCUCAUGAAUGAUUUGUAAUCAAUUUUA